AUGAGCAUCGAGAGAGCUCUGAAUUUUACGAAAUUGAGCGUUCGGUUGGGCUGUUGUUGGCCGCCAAGGUCAGACGCGACGAAUUGGGAAAGAAUAAAAUUCGAGUUGUUUUGGUGGCUUUCGCUCGUCAGCGCUCUUGGGCUUUUCGCACCUCUGUUGUAUUCGGUUUAUAAAUGCCAAUCGGAUUCACUCGUACUUACCAAAUCCGCGUGCUUUCUUGGGGCCGUUUCCGGAUUCAUCAUUAAAACCAUCGUUUGCAGAAUCGACCGUAAGAAUAUACGGGCGCUAAUUAGCGAGAUGGAAGAAUUUAUAGAAAAGGCAAAACCGUACGAGCGUCUUGUUCUCGAACGUUACGUCAAAAAAUGCACGUUUCUUCACGUUUCUAUAUCAAUAAUUAAUUACAUGACGACACCGUUCGGAGUUUUGGGGACGUUGUUAUUCCUGGACGACCAACAAUUUCCUACGUCCGCUGUUUACCCUUUUCUCACCGACUACUGGCCGAUAACGUACCUUAUUUACAUACAUCAAAGUUUCGUGGGUUUCCAAUGUUCGGUUGGCGCCACUAUCAACUGCCAAGCCGCCUUUUUUAUGUGGUACGUUGGCGCAAGAUUCGAAUUGUUCAUUCAAGAAUUUCAAAACGUCAAGGAUCUGAGAAGCUUCUGCGAAAGUGUCAAGAAACACCAACAUUUACUCGAGUUAGCCGGAAACGUGAAAUAUACGAUGUCGUUUAUAGCACUGACCACCACGAUGAUGAGUGGCGUUGCGACAGUUUUCGGUUGCCUCCAAAUAGUCAGUAAUCAACCUAUGAUGGUGAAAAUGGAAUUUGGAUUUGUAGCCUUCAUAUCCAUCGCAUGUUUGUUCGUUUGUGCUUGGCCCGCCGACAAUUUGAUCGACGUCUGUGGUUGUGUAGGAACUGCGGCGUAUAAUGUGGCUUGGAUGGAAAUGACCCCAGAAACUAUGAAAAGCAUGUUGAUCGUCAUUCAAAGGUCACAAAGACCAGUGGUCGCAUCAAUCGGUGGUUUUUUGCCUGCUCUGUCUCUGCGGUAUUUUGGAUCGUUCCUCUCGGCAGCAUUUUCGUACUUUACGACGCUUCGGAUCACCGUAAGCGUUGACGAAGAUUGA